AUGUACAGGAUUGGUCUCGAUACCCUCUCGUUUGUUGGUCUCAUCUACUAUUUCCUCGUUGAAAGGGUUUAUAUUAUCCGUCGAUCAUCAAAACCGCGCAUCAAAGAUCCGCUUUAUCUCUUCAACUCGAUUGGAAUGCUGAUUCCUUACUGCAUAGUCAUCGCGUUGAAUUUUAUAUUCCGAUUCGCCAAUUAUGAGAAUGGUGAAUGUCGGAUUGGGAUGAAACAAGUCGCGAUGAUACCUCUUAUUGCCUUCGAUAUAUUAGUCAACGUCUACCUAACGUCCUUGUUUCUCGUUCCACUACAAGGCUUGUACUCCUACAAAAACAACCCAAACUCACAAACACGUACCGUCGCAAUCCGCACUUUUAUUGGAAGUUGUUGUGCGCUUACCUCUAGUGUCGUUAAUUUGACUUUAUUAUUGGUGCUGAAAGGCGAACCAGGCUGGAUAUGUCUCAUGUGUUGUAAUCUCGACAGUAAGCCUCUAUCUCAUCUUCUCUUUACCAGAAAUCCUUCAAAAGACUCACAGAUAUACCUAGUACUCUUCAGCGUUCUAGUCCUCCACUGGAUAACUUCCAAAGACAAUGCUUCCACCUUCCUCCCGCGUCGUUCUCACUCACACACUCAUUCACAUACCUGUUCCUACCCUACGAUCCGUACCAGCGCUCUCCCUUCUCCUAUUUCUCCCCAUCCACUUAUUCUCAGUCCUCGUUCUAUUCCCGAGAAUAUGGGAUUUUCAAAUCGAGAUCAUUUGUUUACGAGCACGAACGGUAUGAAUGGUGCGACACUAGAUGGUUAUAGUUAUGCGAGGGAUGCUAUUGAUUUACCGACGGUUACGACGACUGUUACUGCAGGUGUAGGUGUGGGAGAUAUAUUGGAUGAAGAACAGGAAAAGAAAAAUAGAGGGCUCGGGAAUGGAAAUGGAAAUGGAGAGACGCGGAUCAGGAAACCGAAAAUGGCGAUUACGGUUGAGAGGGAUCAUGUGAGGGAGGUGGUGGAGACGGGAAUUAGAAUUGUGAAUGAUCGUGAUCAUGAGAGGUUGAUUUUGACGCUACCCAGGAGUAUUAGUGGAGGUGGGGGGAGUAUGGGGAUUGAGAUUGGAAGUGGAGAGAAAGAGAGGGGGGUUGGAAGGGUAGGGGAGGAGGAUGAUACGGAUAUUUCUUUUUGA